GAGAGGACUAUAGAAUUGAAACCAUUAGUGAGACCCACAUGUUAUUGCAUGCGGGUUAAUCCCUCCUUGGUUGAGGACUGGGAUCCGGACAAUUGGGUCUGCGAAUCAUGUGAACAGGGCAAUGAGAUGCUUUCUCCAAACUCUAGUAUUAAGGAAGAUACAUUAGAGUCAUCAACCGGUAGAGGCCACAAUGAUGGCAUGCAUUCAGCAGGUCCCAGCAGAAAUUGUAAUGGUUCAGGGUGGCAAGCUCACUCCAAGAGGCAAAAGCUUAUUGUGAAUGGAAAAGUUAAGUUCAUUACAAAUGAAGAAGUCAGGAGGCUAUCUUUGGCAGACCCGCCUCACAAGACUCCUGUUGGGUACAAAACUGUUACUCCAAAGUUUCCUGUUUCCGGGGUUGAAGCAAAUCCUAGCUUUAUACGUUCAGAAAUUGCGAUGCCUCGUAGACAUGGUAGGCCCCCCAAGAUGCAAAGCAUCUCAAAGAUUAAUCAGCAAGCAUGUCAAAAUUUAAAACAUUCACAAGCUGAUGCCUUCAUUCCUGCAACAGAUGAUGAAACUUGUGAGAAGGAGACUGCUUCAAAAAAGAAGUCAUCCACAGUUACAACAUUGAGGAACUUUUCACCUAUGUCCAGUCCAGGCAAGAGUUUAUAA